GGUAGUGGUCAAUUUUAGGGUACUCCCAAUAAAAGACAAUGUUUCAGAAUAGACGUUUUAAAAUCCCAGAUCCAAACUGAUUCCCCGAUAAAUAGAAAUGAGAUGUAUUACCACUAUUAUAAACUCCACUAACACUGUAACUUAUUUUAGACGAUUUCUUGUAAGCGAUUCUGACAGGGAAUUUGACAGCUAAGGGAAUACACAGAGACUAUUGCUUUGCUACUGGGUUAGUGUUUGGGAUCGUGAAGAAUUUUUUAUAAGAUAAAUUUGGUUUUACUUCAUUCAAAAGUUCAAAGGAAUGACAUAUAACGAAACACACAACAAAUUACAGACACCUUUAUAAAGCAGCAACAAUUUUUUUUUCUUCAAGUUUUGAAAGAACUUAAAAUGUACGACAUUUUUCAGACUUACAUCAUGGGAAAAUCUAAACAAAAUUCUUUCGCAUUUAACACACAUGACGCUGAGAUUAAAAACACAAAGUGCAAAGCAGUACCGCACAAUGGGAGCAUUUCCUUUUGUUUACAGACUUUAUACUGGAUUACACGCUAGCUGACUAUAAUGUUUUGUUUUAUUACUGUUUAGACAGUCGGAGUGAUAUAGAGGGAGCUAGGUCUAGUCACGUGGUUAUACAGGUAUAAGAUGCUCACGUCUCACCGCACUUCCCCCCCUCUCAUUCCCUGACUUCAGUCUGACCAACUACCCACCAAGCAAUGUUUUCUUUUUUUUUCUACUCCUCACUACUGAUGCUACGUAUGCAGGUGAAUACGUAUUUGACUUCGUCCAGCCUUGCUCGUUAGUUAGUCCGAGCUUUUGCCGUGGAGAGCGUGGUAGUGUUGAGUUAUGAUAUCCAAUGUUACUUUUGGUAUGUAGAAUAAAUUGUAAUUCGAAUACGGAUUUAAAACUAAUAAUCAGUUUAUUAUGUGUUUUCCAUUUUCUAGUUAUUAAUACGCGCGGGUGUGUGAGUUUGUGAUGUUUAAAUUCGCCGUAUUGUGUCGCUGCAUGAAUGCUUUCAGCGCUACAAUGUGUUGACGGCAACUUUAAUAAAAAUUGAACGUCUCGUGCACGAAAAAUAAAUAUAGCCGAAUUAUAAGUGCAUAGUGUUUCGGAUGAACGUGUUCCAGUUCUAUAUUUAUUGAGUGUAAAGUUCUGUCAUCAUUUUACUAAUAAAAUUAUAGUACAGUAGUAAACAGACUAUAUACGUGCAAAGUGUUUUUAUUCCAUUGCAUUGCCGAUAUGGGACGCAGCCAACUUUUCAUGUGCCUGAGUGGUUUAUCACAGAUGGUUGCUGCAUGUGCGGUUAUGUUAAUAGGGCAGUAUUUUCAUGCUAUUGGCCAGACUGCAUUCUGAAUGAGGCAACAGCUGCAUAUUUUAUUUUGUAAACAUUUAUUUCGAUUGCUGUAUAGUUACACGAUUUAUGUUCGAAUGACGUGACCUUUGUUUAUUUUCAGUGAUGUGUUCUUGAAGUGGCAAGGAUUAAUUAAUUUUUCCAGGUCCAAGUUCAGCGCAGAUAGUUCGUAAAAAAUAAAGUGCAUCCUACAAUUAAUUCUGCUGCAACAUGAAAAAAUAAAAUAAUUAUUAUCGCAAGUAAUAAGAUUAACUACGCAGUGAUAUUCAGUGAACCAGAUUUUCUAUGGCGAGGCGUAUAAGUGUUGUUUGUACAAAUAUCAUUCUCUUUAUGUGUGGGCCGGAACAGUGAAUAAUAAUGAGUUAUUACUACUACCAACUUCCGCAACCUGAAGAAGUGGACGAUUCAGUCCACACGACAGUUUCACUCCGAUAUCCAAACCGUGGCAAUCGCCAACCUCCUACCUGUCAGCAGUACCAACAUCACCACGAUAAUCGUCCCUACAGACCACGAGCGUCAACAGAAAGCAUUCCGUUUGCUGAUGCUGAAGCUACCAGUGGUCAACCUCGUGCUGGAAACCUGUCACGUGAAGCGGCAACGUCCAGCAGCGAAGAAACAGUGAACCGAAAUCCACCCUGUCCCAAUAUAAAACAUCCCCGGAUCACGUCAUCAGCUGGAACUGCAUCAUCACGACGUCGGCGUCGAUGUUCCCCAUCCACACCCUCCCCUCCAGCAACGUUCUUGGACUCAGAAGACGCUGCAAGCCUUAACAAUUUACUUGACGCUUUAGAUGACCUUGAUGUAGUAGAGGAGGACAGACGUAGCUCGUUGGCAACAACGGGAAGCAGUCGAGAUGAUGAAAUGGCUAGAGACGAGGAAGCUCUGGUUGUUCAUAAUGUACCACCAAGGACAACAUUGGCGUCGAUUUUGAUAUCGAUCCCCCCGCCAACCACGCCACCGCCACCCGAGAAUGAGACAGACGUGGAUAUUGGUGAACAACAACAACACCAACAUGUGCGGCGCCAUCUUGAACAACUGCCGACGAGGAUAAACAACGCCAGCUUCGUUCUUCCACCUUCGGCACCUCCAAAAGAGGACAAUCAGCAAAAGGCGAUUUCGCACCCCCACUAAGCGCCGAUAAGGAUGAGAUACUGACGAACAACCUGGAAUUGUUACGAUAUGCAUUAUAGUACCUAAUUUGUUACACUACGUUAACAUGUGAUGGAAUUGAACGCCAGUGUUUUCACUAACAACAGGCCCACAUAACAAUGCCACACGCCUGCAGAGUGAAGUAAUUUAAAUGUUGUAACAAAUUCUUAGGCAUUUUUGUACGAUGUUUAUCGAUUUUGGAAUGGAUCCUAUGGAACGCCAACAGAUGUUAAGGCAAGUGUUAAUAGGACGAACCAUAUUUAAAAUUGGCAUGUAUUAAACAGAAAAAAAAUUAUAGGUUGGUUAAGUUGUUAAGCCUGUAUUAAACGCACGGUCGGCCUCGUGCGGCAUUGUGUAGUGCGCCUAGGAAAAGCACGAAUCAAUAAAAACGUCCUUGCUUUA